UCUUUCAGUGCAGAAUAGUAACAGACAGAGAAAUGAAAGCAGAGAUACACUGAAUGUAACACUGUUUGUUUUGGCUGUUGAUUAAUUUUGCUGUCAAUUCCUCACUGUACUCUCUCUCUCUCGCUCUCUCUCUCUCUCUCCUUUCUCUAUUUUUGGUAACCAUGACCAAUCACCCCCACGCUACUAGAGAACUGAACCACAAACCCGAGCUAGGGCAAAACAGUCUUUGUCUUUGUCGUUGUUUUUACAGCUAAUUCAUAAAAGAAAUGCAUCGAACACAUUCACAAACAUGGAAUCUGGGACUGGAACCCGUAACCCUUCCGUUCCAAGGCCCAUCCCUGGGUCCUCAGGUGUGUGUCAGGUGUACCGAGGAAACAGAACUCCGCUGGCCAUUUGCCAAACUUUGCACAUGAUUUGUUGAAGAUGAAGCUUUUUUGGAACUCGGAGCUGAUUGUGACAAGGCUCUGUACCAGAACUGGGUUUUGAUUGGUGAGAUAAAAAGGCUCGGUGACAACGGCAGGGCUGGUUUGUUUAGUUGAUCAAGUUCUGUGGAAAGCAGGGGAGGAGAAGGAAGAAAGGAGGGAGGGAAGGGGGGGGCGUGACCAUGCCCAGGUGGAAUUCCCCUGAACUCACCUGAGCCCGCCCACACUCCAGAGUGAUGAUAUAAAGGAAGAGUCAUUGUUAUUACCGCAGCAGACGCUCUCUCUCUCUCUCUGUCUCUCAUUGUGGAUUUUUCUCUGACCGUCAUCCUCACUGCUCCGUCCCUCGGCUCAGUGUCCCGAUGUCGUCCACCUGUCUGAGCAGCGUCCUGACGCAUGCCAACCUGACCAUGUACCACACGGGCAUCGCUGACGUUCAGCAGCAGCAGCAGCAGCAGCAGCAGCAGCAGCAGCUCAACGCGCUGUCCGGCAGCAACGCUGCCCACGUCUUCGGUCCGGCCUACAGCUGCGGCAUCAACACAGCAGGGCAGUGGUACAAACAGACCAGCCCCCACUCCUGGACAGCUGAGAAUGUUCUGGAAUGGAUCAGCGACCAUGUGGAGAGCACCAAGUUCGACGCCAGCACUUUGAGCCUGAACAGCUGCACCAUGGACGGCUCGGCCCUUUGCCAAAUGAGCCAGGAGCAGAUGAUUGGCAUCUUUGGCCCCCAGCUUGGACCGCACCUUCUCCACAACCUGCAGGAACACAAGACCAAAUAUGAGCUGCAGAGCCUGUCGGGACCAGAACUGAAUGAAACCUGUCAGCUCCUGGACAGCUUCUUACACAACCUGAACUUCCAGAACUUCCAAACCUUCCCUCUGCUCAGCACCGUUAGAAUCGGCAUCGAUGAAGAACCUGUCCUCAAAAGGGAGGUUGUCUACAGCGAGGAUCUGAGCACUUUCACUGUGGGGCCCGUGACUCCGCUCCAAGAAGAUUAUCUGUCCGAUAAUCAGUCCGACAGUGAAUACAGCUCCUCCUCCAACAGUCUGUUGUGCAGCUUCUCAGGCCACAGCUCGCCGGAGUCUGCCAGCGGAGAGUCGGACCCAGAGUUCUCCUACCCUCUGAUUUCGAAAGCUAACAUCAAGUCCGAGAAGGGAGAAACUCGCCUGAAGCGACCCAGGGGACGGCCUCCGAAAGUCAACAAAGGGCAGAGCAGCGGCAGCGUUUACGAAUGUCCGAAGAAAAACAAACACGUUCCCCGAGGCACCCACCUAUGGGAGUUCAUCAGGGACAUUCUCGUCCACCCCGAGAAGAACCAGGGACUCAUGAAGUGGGAGGACCGGCGCGAGGGGGUCUUCAAGUUCCUCAAGUCCGAGGCCGUGGCUCAGAUGUGGGGCCAGAAGAAGAAGAACAACAGCAUGACCUACGAGAAGCUCAGUCGUGCCAUGAGGUACUACUACAAGAGGGAGAUCCUGGAGCGAGUGGACGGCAGGAGGCUUGUCUACAAGUUUGGAAGGAAUUCCAGUGGUUGGAAGGUUGAGGAGCUCGGGGUGAACAUUUAGAGAGUGGGUCAGAUGAGGAGUUUACCCUCGUCCAUGUGGACCGUCUGAAAAUACACUCUCUCUGCCACCUCUCGUGUUUAUGACACUUACUUCCUUCACGAAGGAAGGUGUUGCAAAAAACUGUAAGCCACCAUUUUGGCUCUAGUAGGUUUUAUGAACCAAUAUAAAUGUUGUAAUGUUGAUGUGAAUGUUGAUGUUUUUAUUUUGUAUGUGUUUUUUUGUUUUUUCAUCGCAGACAUUUUUAGUUGUAGGAUUAAAAAUGCAGUACGUUGCUUGUAUCCACAUGGAAAGGCUGCAAAAUUGUACAAAAUGGGCCUUUUUUUGCUGCCUCAGAUCUUAUGAAUUAUUGUUAUUAUUAUUAUUAUGAAUGUUCAUUUCAGGAGCACUACGGCCAUGAAAGCAGCAAUUUACAUAUAUAUGUCAUAGAUUUUAAAGAAAUAUGUUUCCAUGCUUGAUGUAAAAUUCAAAUGAAGGAUGGAGUAAAAACAGGUAAAGAGCCGAAUGUAGAAAUGUAGGCGAUGUCGCGUCGCAGGUAAAGACCAACGGCGUGCCCUACAUGUCGUGUAUGGGUAUCACUUAUUAUAAAGUGCGUUCUUACAACGUUUGAGUGAAUAAAAAGAUAACUCUUGUAAUUUUUAUACCGUCACCGCGUGUUGUUUGGACCAAUCACAGACCAGCUGUGUUACGUUUAUGUUUUUGGCAAAUCAUUGUUGUCUUCUCUGGACUGACAGUUGUACUUGUAUGUGGAUUUAAUCUGCACUUGUGGUUUGAGCUGUUCAAUAAUUGCUGUAUAAUAAAUUCAAUGUUGACGCGCA